AUGGCUACUAGUCUGCUGAAAUCUCUAGUGGAUACAACAAACAGGGAUUAUCCUUCAACCUUAAAGUUUUGCAUGUGUUGUUCUGCCGCUUUUCUUUCAGAAACUAUCACCUACCCACUCGAUAUACUUAAAACUCGCAUUCAGGUUUAUGGAGAACUACAGAACUCAUCAUACCCUGGAGUUAUUAAAAUUUGUUCUUCUGUCAUAAGAAAUGAAGGUCUGUUUAAACUUUGGCAAGGAUUAUCUCCAGCACUCUUCAGACACAUAAUUUAUACAGGAGCAAGGAUGCCAAUCUAUGAAAUUAUUCGCCAAGAUAUUUUCCAUUUACCUCCUGCAAGUCAUUUCACUGUAAAAUCAACUAAGAAUUCUUUCUCAGAUAAGUCACAUGUUAUGCCAAAACAGAAACUAUCUGCCAGGGAAGAAACGAACACUGAACUAAUUUAUGAGAAUAAUUCGAAAUUUGUUAUUCAAGCAGCUUUUACUGGGGUAAUAGCUGGAUCUUUUGCUCAGUUCUUAGCAAGUCCCAUUGAUCUAAUUAAGGUUCGGUUGCAAACAGAACGCAGAUGGAUGUCAGAACAACAUCUGAAUAAUUACAAACCUUCUAAGUCAACUGAAUUGCCUACUGGUCAUCAACGCUUAAGUUUUACACGUACAGCUAAACAAAUUAUUUCCGAGGGUGGAAUUAUUGGAUUGUGGCGUGGAGGAUUACCUAGUGUUCAACGUGCAGCUCUUGUGAAUAUGGGUGAACUUACCACUUACGACACAUCAAAGCGUUGGUUUGCCGUGCGUUUUCAAUUAGAAGAUGGUACGCUACUUCAUGUUUGUGCAUCGAUUACGUCUGGUUUUGUUGCGGCAGUACUUGGGACACCAGCUGAUAUGAUAAAAACACGAAUGAUGAAUCAACGUACAACAGCAUCGUCGUCAAUAAAUGGAAGCGGUCUAUUAUAUGCCGGAGUGAUUGAUUGUUUUCGUAAAACUGUUAAAAAUGAGGGAUUCUCAGCUUUGUACAAAGGUUUCUUUUUGAUAUGGGCUCGCAUGGCACCUUGGUCUUUAACAUUCUGGGUAACCUAUGAAAAAAUACGUUGUCUAGUUGGAGUUGAUGGCUUUUAA